CGUUGAGUCGUCGUUUUUUGGUUUCUGAAGGCGGUUGUGUCGAGCGGUUAACGGUAUUUUGGUAUUUUUGUUGUGAAGGGAGCAGAGAAGCAUAGCACGAACCGAAUGUCUGUCGGAGCGUUGAAUUUAGUUAUUUUUUUUGUUGUGUUUCAUCUCAAUGCCCUGCACAAAAUGCGAGACCAGCAAUUUUUUCUGAAUUAAAAAAAUAACAACAAAAUAAAGCAUGAAUUGAUUUCUUUGAAACAUGGAAAUAUUCUGAGUUCCAAAAUAAAAGGCUGAUGAUAAAAAAAAUUUAAAUAACCCAAAAAAAUUAAAAAGGAAAAAGUUUGUGAAUUUUUUUGUAUUUAAAAAUCAAACAAAAAAUGUGAAGUGUACGCGAGCAGCACAAAGAAAAAGAGAGCAACAAAAAAAAAAGAAUUCAGCCCAGAAAAAAUUUAUGUAAAGGUCAUUUGAUGGGUAAAAGAAGAAGAAGCACUAAAAGAGAGCAGAGAGAAAAAUGUAAAAUAGCAGUGAAGAAAACCAAACCACAAGUUAAUGAAUAGUGUGUGUAUAUUUUUUUUUCAUAUAGAUUUUCAUGUUUUCGCAAAAAUUUUCUGUUGAAUUUUUGUUUUUAUGUUUAUUAAAAAACAACUGCAUUUAAAAAACUAAUUGGAUUUUUUAUACCACACCAUCAACGCCAAUAGCAACAACACUGGAAUCUGAAAGAUGUUUUAUUGUUUUAAAAGUGGAUAUACCUAGGAGAAUUUACAUAUGCUUCCUUCCUUUGAAAGACUUAAGAUACUAGCACAAUAUGAUACUACAUGAUCAACGACAUCUAUCCAAUUUUUACAAGAAACUAUUGCACAAUACAAUCAAAUUUUAAGAGAAAAAGACUUCCAAAAACAUAUUCUCUUAAAGCAGUCCAAUUAAUUUUACAAGGGGGCGUGGAACGCCCUCAUAAACUCAAAAGACUUAGAAAACAAAAGAUCAUAUUAACAAGGAAAAACUUGUCAGCAUACGACGAAGUGGAGCAGCGAACAACUCAAUUAUGUCUACCAUAAAAACGGAAAAUAUCAGUGGAGCAGCUGUCGUCACCACCACUACAUCGACGGGGGGAAAUGCAAUUCUGGGCGUAGGUGGUUCAACGACUUUUCAAUUACCCAUCAAUAUGUGCACGACAAUGACAACAACGGCGGGAGUGGGAGGUGGAGGCGUUACAUCGAAUGGGGGAGGAGUUAUAACCACCACAACAACCACCACUCGCAAUAAUAUCUCUGUGACAAAUAUCAAAUGUGAAGUUGAUGAUGGAGCAGCUACUGCCUCAUCGUCAUCUUCAACCUCGACCAAUGGCAAUAUAGUCUCUGUGGGAUUUUACAAUGGCUCUAGAACAGGUGCAAUAGUGGCCGGUACAACAGGUGUCAGCGGAGGGGUGAUAACAACAGGUGUUAUCACCUCCGGCCAUGGCAUACGCAUACCGGUUACCAAGGCAGAGGACUCGGAUUCCGAGACAGAGCUGACCAAUAUUGAAAAUCUUAAGGUUACCCGCAGGGUGGCAUCGUCCAGUACAUCGAACAGCCAUCAUCAUAAUGGACCCAGACCCAUGUCCUGGGAGGGUGAGUUAUCGGAUAAUGAGGAUACCCGUGAGGCAGAGCUAAUGGAUACGGAUACCACCAUGAGUAAUGGUGGUGCGGUGCAAGAGCCGACAAAUGCGGUGGCGGUUAUCAAAAGUGAAGCCACCACCACUACGCCUUCUUCGGCGGUGGGGCACGGCCAGACUACAGCUAUAAAACCCGAAAUGGAUCAUGGGCUGUCGGAGUUGCAGCAGCAUCCCGGGGCCAUCUACCAUCCCAAGCUAAAGCUGGCUCCCACUCAAAGUGAUCCCAUAAACUUGAAAUUUGAACCGCCUGAUCACUCGAACUCCUGCGCCACAACCACCACUACCAAUACCCCUUUGGUCAAUUCUCCAUUGUUGGCCCGCCAAAAAUCCACCACAGCUUUGCCUCAUCUACCUGCCAAUCCCAGUCCAGAUUCUGCCAUACAUUCCGUGUACACACACAGUUCACCCUCCCAAUCGCCAUUGACCUCACGUCAUGCACCCUACACCCCCUCAUUGUCACGUAACAACAGCGAUGCUUCGCACAGUUCAUGCUAUUCCUACUCGUCGGAAUUCAGUCCCACCCAUUCGCCCAUACAGGCGCGACACCAGGCCUCGCAUGUGGUCUAUGGUAGCUAUAACGGCUCCUCCGGCAAUACUCUACAUCAUUCCGCCUUACUCUAUAGGCCCCUUACAGGCAGCUCUCAAGCCGCUAACAAUGCGGCCAAUAAAAUGGAAAAUGUCUCCAAUGAAGUGCAAAACCUAUCCAUGGAUGCCUCUUCCUCCUCAUCGACAUCAUCUGCCUUCAAUCUGGCCACAGAUCCCUCGGGUUUGGCGGGCUCCCCUGCCGCGGCGGCGGGUAUAUCAAGGCAGCAGCUGAUCAAUUCCCCCUGCCCAAUUUGUGGGGAUAAAAUCUCUGGCUUCCAUUAUGGCAUUUUCUCGUGUGAAUCGUGCAAGGGUUUCUUCAAACGUACCGUCCAGAAUCGUAAGAACUAUGUUUGCGUUCGUGGUGGACCCUGUGCGGUCAGUAUUACGACGCGCAAGAAGUGUCCUGCCUGUCGCUUUGACAAAUGCCUGCAGAAGGGCAUGAAACUGGAGGCGAUUAGGGAGGAUCGCACACGAGGUGGGCGCUCGACCUAUCAGUGUUCGUAUACAUUGCCCAAUUCCAUAAUGAGCCCCUUGCUGAGUCCGGAACAACAUCAGCAGCAGCAAUCGGCUGGCCAAAACCUUUUGACACAGCAGCAGCAACAGCAACAAACGCAGCUACAACAUCAACUGCAGCAAAGGUUGAAUGGGCCCUUGCAUUCGCCUCAUCAUCAGCAUCAGAGCAAUGGUUAUGGUACUGGAGCUCCCCCUGGUGCUGGAGCACCCACCAUAAAGACCGAAAUCAUGGAUCCCUACACUAAGGGUUCCGAGUCGCAUUCUAUACAUUCACCUUCUGCACUGAAUGGCUUACAUGUCAGCACUUCGUCGCCACGCCCACAACAUUCGGGGCAUGCGACAUCCACCGCCAAUGCUACCACCACCAACGCCCAAUCUUCAUCCUCAUCUAAUUCGCACAACAGCAGUAUUCCCCAACUUCUCCAAGAGAUUAUGGAUGUUGAACAUCUUUGGCAAUACACCGAUGCCGAAUUGGCCCGUCUCAAUCAGCCAUUGACAGCGUCCUCAUCUUCGGCAUCGCUAAACUCAUCGUCCACGGACUCCUCAACAGCAGCAGCAAGUCAAAUGACCAAUCCACUGCUGGCCAGUGCUGGUCUAUCCUCGAGUACUAAUCCGGAUUUGAUAGCGCAUUUAUGUAAGGUAGCCGAUCAUAGGCUGUACAAGAUUGUGAAGUGGUGUAAAAGUUUGCCACUAUUCAAGAAUAUAUCGAUCGACGAUCAAAUUUGCCUACUCAUCAAUUCAUGGUGUGAACUUUUACUCUUCUCUUGCUGUUAUCGUUCCAUCGAUACACCGGGAGAGAUUAAAAUGUCCUUGGGCAAAACGAUAACACUGCCACAGGCAAAAUUAACUGGUUUUCAGCCCUGCAUUGAAAGAAUGCUGAAUCUGACAGACCAUUUAAGACGCUUACGAGUCGAUCGUUAUGAAUAUGUGGCAAUGAAAGUGAUUGUCCUGCUGCAAUCGGAUACAUCCGAACUACAAGAGCCAGUUAAGGUACGUGAAUGCCAAGAAAAAGCUUUACAAAGUUUGCAGGCCUACACAUUGGCAAAUUAUCCGGAGACACCUUCGAAAUUUGGAGAAUUACUGUUGCGCAUACCAGAUCUGCAAAGAACGUGUCAGUUGGGCAAGGAAAUGCUUUCAAUUAAAUCCAGAGAUGGUGGCGAUUUCAAUUUACUUAUGGAACUGCUUAGAGGAGAACAUUGACGAAAGUCUAGGGCAUUUUUAAACAUGAUCAACAACAUCAUCAGCGUCAUCAUCAUUGUCAUCAUCAUGAAAAUCAUGGCCAAGGGAGCCCUCAUCAUAAAAUCAUGCAAGCUCCUCCCCUCUCUACCAUAUAUGUAAAUGGUAGUUACAAAAGCUCUCUUAGAGAAGAGAUUAAAUACACAUAAAAAAAGAGCAUUUGUUCUCUUAAACUCCUCUUUGCCACAUAAAGAGAAAACUUCAUUUUUAUAUAAAACGCAAGAAACAAACAAAAACAACAAAAAUUUAUAUGGAAAUUUUUAUAAGUAUUUUUUUAUACUUUUUUUGUAAGAAAACUUAAGGUAGCAAUUUAAA